AUAUGGAAUCUACCAGGAAAGACGCGACCGUCGAGAGCAAUGCCCGAAUUAUCGCCACUCGAAGCCUGGCUGAAGGAUGUUGAAGCAGCCGGUCCAGCUCCACAGACUGCUGGUCCUACGUCAAGUCAGGCGCGAGAGGGAGCAAGAAGAGGCAGUGCCGAGACGGUCAAAUCAACAGCAACAGCCAGCCGCGACUCUGUCUCGCGGGCGCGGAACGACACGAUCCAAGAAUCCCAGAUCCCGUUACCGGACUCCACAUCAGCAUCCACUGCACAAGCCAAUAAUUCAACCGCAACCGCCAGCGUUGACUCACUGAGGCAACUGGAACGUUCCGAACCGACGGCAGCAUCUCGAAUACCGCUCCCAGAUUCGCAAUCAGCAUCUGCGACUCCCGUGAGCCAUGGCGACGCAUCGUCUCAGGCACGAUGUCGACUCGCUUUUGGAUUUGCAAAAUGCGACGGCUAUCGCAGCGUCUCAAAUAGCUUUGCCGCCAUCCAGGUCGGUAUCUGCCGCCUCUGCAGAGGUCGACAACAUCAACCGUCCCUCGACAGCUCAGCAGGACUCCCUUUCACAAUUACAAGAUGCUGUAAGUCCUGUGGAGCUCCGUUUACCUCUACCAGAGUCGAUCGCCUCCGGAGCCGCCAAGACCGAGCCAAUGAUUGCGGACUGGGUUGCCCAACCGGUCAAUUACUGGGAGAGCAUACAUCCUCUGCUGGAUUGUCUGCCUCAUCUACGAAUGUUUUCGAAGAAGAGCGCUCGGCAUAAAAACAAAGGCAUGGUGACCUGUGUUGAUUAUCUCCACGGCCACGACUCGCCGCGUGUUCACGAUGCUGUGAAACCGGGCAAAGAAUUCUUGGAUGCUCUUCGCACGAUGAAGCAUGUUACCGAUCCGGAUGUGAUGACACGCUUCAUUCUUGUGGAGGACUUGUCCGCAGAAGUUAUCAACCGUGUAGGUUCUAUCCUUGAGGUUGACCCAGAGCUCUUCGCCGAGCACCUACACAGGUCGGGCUACGGAACCAUGGACUACGCAGAGCCCUUACCGAAUAACUGGAUGCCCAAAUCAUGUGUCUCGCUCAAAUGGUACCGUCCAGUAAGACAACACCCGAAGAUUUCGUCAUUGGUUUCCGUGCCAAGUACUCUUCUGAACCCACAGGAGAUCGAGAGGAAGUCCAGCCAUGUGAGGAAAAUGGCGCCUGGGAGCAUAGUCUGGUCGGACAACGCUUACGACAGGAAUGGACGAGCGAAUUUCGGCGGCAGACAUCAUCAAGCUGUGAUCAGUACGAACGUAUUCCGGCGUAGCUGGACUUUGUCGACGCGUUCCGCCUUGCAAAGAGACAUGCCUGCGAUUUCUGACGAAGGAGACUCGUCUCAUAGCGAUAGCGCGGAGCCCGAGGUGAGCUGGGAGCGAGAUGCGAUUCCGACCGCAUGGGAAGAGAAAGUGAGCUUCUUCCGUUGCCACCACGGCACCGUGCCUACAAAUUUUCCAUUGAACAAAAUGAAAGCGACUCCGAAGGACAUUGCGUCAUUGAAGCGCGCCACGCAUAGUCUGGUCUCGACCACGACAGCGAUUCGCAGAGACAUCGAAUCGACCGUACCGGAAUGCUAUUCUUUCAGAGCAGAUCCCAUUCUUGCGCUGUUACGUGUGGUACGACUCGACUCCAAGGCCUUCUUCAACAGCCUAGAAUGGGCCCUGGAUGAGAUUAGUCAAGACUCUUUGGACGACUAUCUCAUGUCACGACGAGUGGACGGCUGGAGAGCACUGAUGGCCGAGUUUGAGAUUGAAGUUCCUGCUAUUGGAAGGAGCCUUCGCGAAUUCAUCGACUUUGUGUUCCUCGAUGAUCCGCUACCCAAGGACGUUCAGAUCAUACUCAACGAUGUGAACGCCGACAUACUGCGCAUAAAAUCCAGACUGGACGAAGCAUAUACGGCUCUUCGGGCUGAUAUGCAAUUCUCCGAAAGCAGAAGGAGCAUCGCCGAGGCAAGGAGUGUGACAAAACUCACGGAACUGGCCUUCAUCUUCAUCCCGCUGUCUUUCACCGCGUCUCUCUUCAGCAUGUCAAUCCACGAACUCCAAAAUGGCGUACCACUCUGGACUUUCAUCGUCACAUCGCUGGGCAUUGCACUUUUCGCAUAUGCUGUACGCUUGGUGCUCACGAGCAAAUUCAUCGCCGAAAGUUCACGCGGUGCACUGGAGCGUUUCUGGGCACUCUCGGGUGUUCAACGAGGAGAAAAAGCGCCCUUCUUGACGAUUAUGCUUUUCACACUGCGAGAGAUCUGGCACAGAGGCGGCAGGAAGGUGUUUGGCAGCAUUUCUCUGUUUGUACUAUGUGCGGCUUUCGUCAUCGUCCCGAUUGCGCUCGCCUGGGAGUCGACAAACUUGGACGUCGGCUUCAACGCCGCAAUCAGCCUCUUCCUCGUGCUGUCCGGCUUGGUAUUGGCAUUUGGACUGUUCUUUGGUUCUGGGGUUGGCACAAGUCACAUGGCAUCGUGGGGUCGCGCGAGCGACACGUCCGACGACGAAAGUGGCGAGGUUGUAUAA